GGAGCUCAAAUAUAGCUGCUUUGCACUGCAUUUCUUCACACGGUUUAUGAUUCAACAGGAGGCCCUGUUCACACAUGAAGAUGCUAAAAGCUAUACUUUGGACAUCUUUGGCAAAAUGAGAAUAUUACUUGUGCUGGUUCUCAUUUUAACAGCUUCUGCCAAACCAGCAGUUCAAGAUGGAAACUCACCACUUGUGAAGGAGGAUGUUGUUUCAGUGGUUCAAGAAGAACCAAUAGAACAGCAGGCAAAGGCAGAACAAGGCCCUUUGAUGCAGGAUGAACCUGUUGCAGAUUCGGGUGUGAUGGAACCUGAUUCUGUGGUCCUGGAACUAGAGGCAACAGAAGAAUGGACAGAACCACAAAAGGAAUCUGAGAUGUUGGAGGAACCUGUGCUGGAGGCAGAUUAUCUGAUGGAGAAGAGCCCAGAGACAGGACUAGAGCCUGAGUCAGAAAUGUCUGAAGUCAUUCUAACUAAGCAAAACAGUCUUGAGGAGGAGUCUUUAAUGGAGUUGGAGUCUGAGAGUUUAACAGAGGUGGCAUCUGAGGAAGUAAAUUUGCGGAUGGAAGAGCCUACCCUGGAGGCAGACUAUAUAGUGGUUGAUGAGCCGGUAGUGGAACUGGAACCUGGAAGGGUACGGCGAACGAUAGUACAGAAAGGGAAGCGCCAGUGCAGAGGAGUUGUCUUACAAGGCAAAUGUUAUGAGUUCUUGAGAGAGCCCAAGAAUGCCAAUAGUGCUGAGGUCUAUUGCAAAACCAUCUAUCGUAAUGGCCAGCUGGCCUCUGUGACAAGCAGCUUCAUCCAUCAGCAAAUGAUGAGGUUAAUGGAUCAGAAUGGUGGCCGCACUCGCACAUGGAUUGGAGGACGGAGAUACCUUAAUACAAGGCGUUUCCAAUGGUUAGAUGGAGCGCCAUGGAGGUAUGUUGACUGGUUGCCUGGAGAGCCCAAUAAUUCUGCUGGAAUAGAGAAUUGUGUAGAGUUACUGAGUAAUGGGCAAUUCAAUGAUAUGCCAUGCCAUGACCUCCGAGCAUACAUUUGUUCCUAUCCAGUUUAUUGAAAUCAGUAGGCAACCUGUCUUUUAUUAACUUUGCCUUGUGUUUACAAAAAAAUGUAAACCCCAUCACUGUUUCAGCUGAUUACUUAGCAUUAACUUUCUUGAAACUAUGAACAGAAAAACUUCAUAACUUUCUUUAAAGUUGUAAAAAAAUAU